AUGGUCGAGUUUGCCGCUGGAUACGACAAGGUCGACGACAUCACAGGAGGCUCGCUUCUUCUGCCCCUCAACGAUGGCUGGACGAAUGCACUCGCGGGUUACAAGAUCAACAACCCAUUUGCGACAACCUCGUCGGACCCGGUGCUCGAGGCGCUCAGCACGGUGGUGUCCUCGUCGGGAUCCGUGUCGGCCCUCAACGGCAUGUCCGCCAACGCCAAGAACGCCCUGUCGCGCCUCGCCAAGUUCAUGUCGAUCACCCAAUACGUCGGUCCCAACGACAUGCAAGGCGGCAACUACAAGAACGGGCGGUUCAGCCUAACCACGGCGCUCAACCAGCCAAUCUAUCUCUACGGCAACGUCACUGGCGCCCUCACAACGGGCAGCGGCGUGGAUCACAUCUUCACCGGGACUGAUCGUGGCGCGGUCGAUCCCACGACUUACAUGAAGAACGGACUCAUCGCGGGGAGUGGCGCUGGCGGGCCGAAGGCAGUGUCGCGCGUGGCUUCCGCGUUUGCUCUGAGUAGCUCGACCAGCGUGUUGGGCAAGAUUACGUCGUCGUCUGAUAUGUCCGCGAUUGUCGUGUCUGACGCCGUGUUCCCCGCGACCAUGGGCUCGCUUACCAGCUCCGACCCCGUGCAACCGUAUGGCAAAGCUCACGGCUCCCGCCCUCCUAGCCCGUCGCCACCGUCGCGCCCUCCUCCCGCCCGUUUUCACCGUCGCAUCCGCCCUCCCCGCCCCUUUCCCCGCCGUCACGACCUCCUCCCCGCCCUUUCCCCGCCGUUGCGACCUCCUCCCCGCCCUUUCCCCGCCGUCGCGACCUCCUCCCCGCCCUUUCCUCGCCGUCGCGACAUCCUCCCCGCCCUUUCCCCGCCGUCCAACCUCCUCCCCGCCCUUUCCCCGCCGUCGCGACCUCAUCCCCGCCCUUUCCCCGCCGUCGCGACCUCCUCCCCGCCCUUUCCCCGCCGACGCGACCUCCUCCCCGCCCUUUCCCCGCCGUCGCGACCUCCUCCCCGCCCUUUCCCCGCCGUCGCGACCUCCUCCCCGCCCUUUCCCCGCCGUCGCGACCUCCUCCCCGCCCUUUCCCCGCCGUCGCGACCUCCUCCCCGCCCUUUCCCCGCCGUCGCGACCUCCUCCCCGCCCAUUUCCCACCGUCGCGACCUCCUCCCCAACCAUUUCCAGCUACCACCGCCGGGUGCGGAGGACGCUCCCCGGCUCUACUGA